UCUGCGCUCGACAACACGUGGAAAAGUUAGCGCGGGCCGAGUCGUGGAAUACAUCUGGGGAAGGUCCUGUGGUCCCUUGGUUUUUCGCCUUCCAGACAUGGAAGAAUUAUUCUCAGUGGAGUAAGGAUAAGUUGAUUCCGAACGAAGCCGCCGAUUGCGGCUGCUGUCACCUACCAUGAGCAGUCGAGCUUCCCCGGCGCCUGUUCCCUGGAGCGUCCCGUUAACAGAGGUGUCCCACCAUCCCACACAGCGGGCGGGAAUCCACUCGUCCAACAAGUACCUCUCCUUCUGGCUCCUCGGCUCACUGAGCAUCACGUUGCUGCUGCUCCUUGUGCUGCUCGGCUACUGCUCUAGGCGCGUCGCACAUCGCCGUGCGACAAGGGAGCAGGCUCACGUUCUCCCAGGUGCCAGUGUGGCCCCAAGAGCGGGCCGCUACCUGCGGCCACCGGUAGGCGACCCGCACUCCCGCGAGAUACUUCUCUGUGCGGCUUGCCGAAGUGCCCAGGAGGAAAUGUUCCGUUUGGCCAAGGCGGCGCCCGUCCCCGGCUCAGCAGCCCGCUGGAGUCCCCCUCCUCCCUACAGUCCGCGAGCUGUGACACCUUCGAACACUUCGCCUGGAGCACAGUCGCACUUGUGACGACAAGACAUUUGCGAGGAAAUUAUUUUGAUGGCACAGUGCCAACUGAUAUCGUGGCCCUGGUCGCGAUGAAAGCGACAAACGUUUAUUCACUGUGUCAAGAUUCUUGCCACGCACAAUGCAGAGCAAGCGCGGUGUCAUAAAAUCAUGUCAGUUCAUCCGCUCGGCUAAAAAGCCCACGAGAACAUGGCUGCAUGCAUGCGUAAAUGCUUUCACCGUGGCACAUCUUAAGGCAGAUUUAUAAACGGCCCUCACUCACGACCAGUUGGGCAUUAUUCGCAACUUAUUCUGUUUUUAUUUGCUCGCGUAGUAGCUACAAAAGCACAUUCGAACAAGUAAUUGGGAUGGGCAGCGCUAAAUACCGCUACUGUCUGAGCUAGAAUACAGGUGAGAUCGCUCUGUCCACCGCAUUUAGCAGUCAGGCUCGCAGAAAAAUUACAUUAUAUUUAUCUACAUGGUAGCAGCACCUCUUAUAAAAUAGCAUCGCUAUUGAAUUGUCCUCAUCAGGUAGAUCAUUUAGCUUGCCCUUAUUGAGCGAUCAGCAAAGAAAAAAAAAGAGCGUGCUUCGUCAUGCUAUAAUAAUGCCAAGGAUGAAAUUCCUGAUAAGACUUGAAUUGCUUGCUUUCGUUAAAAUAUUUUACCAAAAAGAUAGCGCUGCGCAUUGCGCUACAUGCCACACUACUGCUAAUGCAAUAUUUCCUAAUAUUGCGUUGCAACAAAAAUAUUCGUGGAGUUAUUUACCACAGUAUGGAACAGGCGUGAGAAAACACAGCAGGAUACUCUCAAAAUAUAUCUUUACGCAAAACCGCGCUGUGUGUGCCAAUAUUCGGGUGGUUUAUUAUAUCCUAUUUUACUAUAUCCUAUUUAUAGAAGUGCUAUUAAGUCUGUUCUCGCAAGGCAAUAAAGAACAACAAAAACAAAGCCUUCAAAAAGUUGAUAAGUUUAAAUGUCGUAGUAACUGAAAGCUCUACUUAUUUUCUACAUAACUGAAGCCACAGUUAUGCUGUUUGUUUACCUAAGGACGCAUGCUAAUAAAAAACUGAACUUUAUGUUUAAA